AAAGCGAUGCUGUGAUUGGCUUCUGGAAGACUUGUAGCGAAUCAACGUUGGCUUUACUGAGGGUGGAAGCUGCUGUUUCGCAUUUCGAUUUGAAAAUAUGUCGCUGACUCGGGGCAUCGGCAAAAACGAGUACAUGCAGAAAAGGAUACCCAGAAAUGAAAAGUAUGCCCAUAUCAAAACCAGGCUGGACACAGGAUCGAGCAAAACAAAGUACAUGGAAAGACUGGAGGAGCUGAGAAAAAACUACAGGUAUCGAAAAGGCGAAAUCUUCAAGAGAUUAAAGGUGACGACCUUUGCUCAGCUGGUACUUCAGGUGGCUUCUGUUUCAGAUGGGGAUCAAAGCGAGGUCAAUGAUGAAUCAAUCAACACCCAACAAGACGGUCUGUCAGUCAUCUCUGAGGCAGACCUGGAGUGUGAGUCUGAGCGGGUCAACGGCUUGUCGCUAGAGCUGCCUCUGUCGCAACAACACAACGCAGGAGACCGCAGGGAUGGCUGCCACACCGCCAGGUCAACGCUCCUCAGCGUUAUCAGCGGCGUUGGAGAGCUGAACGUGGAAAGGCCCCGUCAGAGGACGGCAGAGUCCGUGUCCAGCCUCUCCUAUGUCGACACGCCCUACCCGGACUGCCCCUACCUGCUGCUGGACGUACGCGACCGCGACCAGUACGACCACUGCCACAUCAUCAGUGCUCACAGUUUUCCCAUCGCCACGCUGUCUCGAACUAUGAAUCCCUACACCAAGGAAGUGCUGGAAUAUAAAAAUGCUCUGGGGAAAAUCAUCAUCGUCUACGAUGAUGAUGAGAGAAUAGCCAGCCUGGCGGCUACCACCAUGUGUGAGCGGGGCUUCGAAAAUCUCUUCAUGCUGUGUGGGGGUCUCAAGGUAAUCGCCCAGAAGUUUCCAAGCGGAAUGACAACCGGCUCCUUUCCAGAGUCGUGCUUGUCCGCUUCCAAAUCCUCCAAGGCGAGGAAAUCAUCUGUGCUCCGGCAAUCAGCGCAGGAGGUCGAGAAACGCUGGAGGUUUACGUUGGAUGAGCUGGAAAAGAUCCAGGAGCAGAUGGAGGAGUUGAUCAUCUCCAAUUACUCAACCAGUCAGCUGUCCAGUCGCACGAUAUCCAGCAGCGGCCGGUCCACGGCCUCCAGCCAUCAGAGUUCCUCCGCAGCAGAGAAAAAGAGCUCCAGAGUUCAGAACAGCAGACCCUGGAAAUGACCCUCCACCUCUCUGCCCCGCCUCUCAUCCUCAAACAACAAGCAUACCUCCAUCAGAAAGCCUCCUCAAGAUUUGUGUUGCUGCUUCUGGCUGCAGUGAGCAAACCACUUCCAAGAGGCUCCAUUGGCUUCCAAUGUUGCUGCUUUGUUUUUUUCAUCACUGCUGCUCAUUUUAUCCACAAAUAAAUGAGCUCUUUUGCAA